AUGGAAUUUCAUUAUUUUAGUUUGAAAGAUGAGUUAUCGGUCAACAAGAGUUGGGUGUGGCAAUAUGGUAAACGGCAAAGUAAUAGGGCUUUUUGUGAUUUAUGUGAUGAUAAUUCAAAUAAAGAGUUUAGUUGUGCUGGUGGGUCAACAGGAUCGUUCGGAAGACAUUCAAAAGUAAUACAUUAUGUCGGAGGAACUACUCAAAAUCAAAGUAAUGAUAAUGAUUUUGAAUUAGAGGAGUCUAAUACGAUUAUGACACAUGGUUCAUCAUCAUCAUCUUCAAAUAAUUUUAAUACCGAUUGUUCUUCAUCUUCAGAAUUUCGUGAACCACCCCUCAGAUAA